UAACGUAUGACACUCAUUUUAUAUGCAAGCGGUAUGCUGUUGGUUAAAAUCGCAUGUUAACAACAAAGAGAUACGAUGCAUUAAGGACUAUUUAUUUACGCGUUGGGAUUGAUAUGUGAGGCGGAUUUCGGGGAAUCCCCAGGAUCCCAGACUGCCUCUACAGCAGGCGUGUCGUUUGUUUCUUGGAAGCGAUGUUUAGGUCAGGUUGACCUUUGAGACUGGUUUAUGUUAUUGCGCAGUGAGUAAACAGAACGUGGAGACACAAAUACAUUGUCCUCUCGCCCUGGAAAUCUAACUAACGACUGAGCGGGGAUGUAUUGAAGUGGACCCGAUCAAGCAUUACGUAUAUAUUUCUUCAGGGAGAAGGCGAAAUAGUUCCGUGAGCAGUCCAUGUCACUUGGAGAGGGCGAGAAGCAGGUGGUUGGACAUUGGUCAUUGCCUGGGUGGAACAAUAUUCAUGUUAAACAGAGUGAAUAACAACUAUCAGCAUAUGAAGUGCACUCCGAAUGACGACUUGUCGCCAGCUCUUACAACCACGUCUAUUCCACGCUUGAAUGGCGUCUAGGGACCAGGACAACUCGUCACUGAUGACAGGCGAAGUAAGUUCGGGACAUGAAUCAACCCUAACUGGAGGUCUGGCUGGAAAUGAAAGGGAGACAAACGUUGUCGGGCAUAAAUAUACAUCGGGCGGUAACGCAACGGCCGAUUUGAAAGAGACAGGGUUACGAGAAGACAAAACGACGAGCAAGUGUAUCUGUGAGGAGAGGACAGAAGCAAACGCGUCCUCUGGCGCAGAGCCUUCCAUUACUGAAGGGUCAGUAACACACGCAAAGCCAGAUCCGGCACGGCCUCACAGAGAGACCACAGUGACCAACGGCGAUCCUGUGGCACAUACACACGGAGGCAAGGGAUCACAAAUACAGGCAGAGCAAGAUUCGACACCGCCUGACAGAGAGACUACAGUGACCAAGAGAGAUCCUGCGGCUGAUAUCCCCGGAACUGACGCGCUACAAGCUAACCACCAGCCAAAGUUCCAACGUGUUUUACAGGAUCCCUUAUUUUUCAUAUGUGCAAUGUCUACAGCCACAGGAUUAGCAGGCGGCAUUUUGGGAACACUCGGCACCCUGUAUUUUGCCCCCGCCUUUGUGAACGUCAGGAACAGCAACGACUACACCUCGUCAUCUACCACACUGCAUCAGCAGGUGAACACAAUGACCACGACACUGGACCAGUGCUUGAAGCAGAAUGUCGCAGACAAUGAAAAGAUUAAGUGGUUAGAGGCCAACAUCACGAUUAUGCGUGAUGACAUGUACAGCAACUACUCCAACGUUGAACUGAAAAGCUACAUCCUCGACGGUCGCAUGGAAGAACUCACCAACAAGUUUUUGUCUAAGGAAUGGAUUUUCCUCAUCUUGUUGAUGGGGAUACUAGAGAUCGCGGCAAUGGCUGCUGUGUGGAAGAUGUGGACCAGCUUCACUGACGUGCUAGCCACCAUGCGGGAGCGCCCAGGGGGAGGGGCAAGGCGAGGCCUCCCCAAUGGGGAACCACGCCUUAAUAACGACGUCAUUCGGGGAGACGAGAAUAUUUUGAACAGCGUUUCACCCCGCCAUCUUGAGAACCGUGUUUGUGUGGUCAGCUUCCAUUCAGACACCAUCAACCAACACCACACCCAAGUCGAUGCUGUCCUAUCACAGAACGAUGCCACCAGACACAUUACUGUCACGAAGCACUGCGUCAAAGGGCACGAGCUUAUUUUAAGGCUUCCACCUUGUAAAGUCUACUUUCUGUUUGUGGAUUUCAACGAGAGGCAUGUCAUCCUCGAGGACCCCACGAAAGGACUGGGGGAUCUCAGGCUUACAACAGUACAAGCUAUCCGCAAAAUGGGAGGUGAUGUCGUAGUAAUAUAUAGCAGAGAUGGCGGCUCGAGGUCCCUGCCACCCGGGACUUUAUACAACAGCAACUUGACCUCGAUCAGGAAUCAUCCCGAACUCCGUCGCCUUGACAACGACCAACGCAUGCUCAGCGUGUUUGAGAAAUUCAACCAGUCACAAAUUGAUCGAAUUGUGAAGAUCGUAAAAGAACAUAGAAUAUAACAGGUUUUUCUGGUGUCUGUGUGGUCCAUAAUAAAGGAAGAUUGCAAAAACCUUGACUCCAGGAAGUUACGGAUCAGGAAAAAGCGAAGACCAGAUACUAAGUCCUUCCUAGCUAAGGACCGACCACUAAAGGACCUAUCACGUGAUAAUCGCCGCGGAGGGACCAGUUUGUGUACCUCCCUUGAGAUGUAAUGAACUAUAUGUCUUAAAGCACUUGAAUUAGAACCUUUCAGUGUAUUUAAUGGCUGUGAGUGAGCUUUUAAUGAGACACACCGACUGUGCAAUAAUCAUCAUUAUUGGCAUUAGAUUAAGCGGAUUAUCCGCUGACUGGUGAAUAAAAGACAGCGUUGUCUAACUGGAAAGGGGGCGUAAGCGCUUUUAUCGGAUAAUAUGUCCAGAUAUAACAUAUAGGUUUAUGGGCCGCCGUUUUGAGCAAUUUGUCAUAAUGCUUUUCCGGAGCAGUGGAUAGGAUAGCAAUGUCCAGGGUAUUAUAUUGCCACACUGUUGCAAUAAUAACCCCGACUCGGUUCCCUAAUCUACGUUCCUUCUCAACCCUAUUCGGAGCAAUGCUAUCAAAUUACGCACGUGGAGUUAUUAGAGAUGGUACGUCACUUCCACAACGACGACAUUGAAGUCGAAUGUACAGGGUAUUCAUCAUUGUAGAUUGGAGACAUGGUAUAUUGGAUAGUGGAGGUUUGAUAAUGUAUUUAUAAUUCCUGGGAAGACUGUCGAGAGUGAGUGAGUAUGGUUUUACGCCGCUGUUAGCAAUAUCACGGCGAGCAACACCAGAAAUGUACCCGUGUUGGGAAUCGAACCCGGGUCUUCAGCGUGGUGACCGAACGCUUUAACCACUGGACUACCCCACCGUUCCUACUGUCCAAAGAGGGAUUGAGCCAUAACUAUCUCUUUAUCUACAGGGGCGGUGGGGUAGUCUAGUGGUUAAAGCGUUGGCUCGUCACACCGAAGACCCGGGUUCAAAUCCCCACAUGGGUACAAUGUGUGAAGCCCAUUUCUGGUGUUCCCCCCGCCGUGAUGUUGCUGGAAUAUUGCUAAAAGCGGCGUAAAAACCAAACUCAGUCAGUCAGUCUUUAUCUACAAAUACAGUGGGAAUGCGACUAUACGCAUUAAUAAUUAAUGACUCCUCGUAAUUACAAAGAACCCUCUUUGAGCAGCGUCACUCAGAUAUCUAAGGUUUCCACAGUGAUGAGUAGAGUUACGUACCUUCGUUCAGUCAUGAUCCGCUUAUUGUUGGCUUGAAUCCACUAUAUUCCCCGUUAUGAUCACAAGGGUUGCCGUCUUCCUUGAUUUUAUCAAAGGGGUCAUUUUUUAGAUCUCUUCUGCCCCUGUCGCGUUUAAACGAACCCACCCCGUGUGGAAAUGUCAGACCGGGCGAUAUCUCCAGUAGUCUAACGUCACCCUGCAUUCUCCAUGCGUAUUCAACGCCAUAAAUUAAUUUCCGAAAUGGUAACGGAGUUGCCUCCCCUUAGUGAAAUGUUUACCACAGGAAUACAGCUGAUCACAGCAGGGACAGUUUUGACUUUGAAACAAAUUGUUGAUGCUUUGAAUUGCUAUAUAGCUCAUAUUAAAUCGAUAUUGUAUCUCA